CGCGCACAGAUCCGCUCCCCUCCCGUCACAAACACGGAAGCAGCAUGGCGUCCAACAGCAGCGGCUCCGGCAGCCAGGGGAGAGCACCGCAAAGACUGAGAAUAAUUGCCGGGCACUUACAGCGACCGGUGGACGUCGACGCGACCGUCUCAGCCGCGGAGUGUAAAGCCCAGGGCGGCGAGGCGGAUGUCGCCAGCGACGGGAAGAGUGUGCCGAAGAGGAGGCAGGAGAUCAUGAAAUGGAACGGCUGGGGAUACAGCGACACAAAAUUCCUCUUCAAUAAGAAAGGCCAAGCUGAAUUCACUGGCAAAAGGUAUAAAUUAAGUGGCAUGAUCAUCCCUGCUCUGAAAGAGUGGAUGGAAGGCACGUUUGGUACCAAUAUGCAGCAUAAAUCUCUAGCAACGCCCGCUCUGACUAGGACUGCCGUACAGCCUCCCACUCUUAACGAGGCCUUCGUGGAGGAACUGAAAUCCACAGGCGUUCCCUUCUCUCACGAUGCAGAAGACCGGGUGUUCCGUGCCCACGGCCAUUGCUUACACGAGAUCUUUGCUCUGCGAGAGGGCAAAGUUGGUCGUGUUCCAGAUCUGGUGGUGUGGCCAAAUUGCCACAAUGAUGUAGUGAAAAUUGUGGAGCUGGCCUGCAAACAUAAUGUUUGUUUGAUACCGUAUGGAGGAGGGACAAGUGUCUCGAGUGCCCUAGAGUGCCCCCAAGAGGAAACUCGCUCCAUUGUUUCUGUGGAUACCUCCCAGAUGAACCGCAUCCUGUGGAUCGACGAGAAAAAUUUAACUGCCCAUAUGGAAGCUGGCAUUGUCGGUCAGGAUUUAGAGCGAUUGCUGAACGAGAGCGGGUACUGUACGGGACACGAGCCGGACUCCAUGGAGUUCAGCUCCCUGGGGGGCUGGGUGGCAACCAGAGCGUCGGGCAUGAAGAAGAACAUCUACGGAAACAUUGAGGACCUGGUCAUCCACGUAAAGAUGGUGACCCCCCAAGGAGUGGUUGAGAAGAGCUGUCAAGGGCCGCGCAUGUCCACCGGGCCGGACAUUCACCACUUCAUCAUGGGCUCAGAAGGAACUCUGGGCGUGGUCACCGAGGUAACGAUGAAGAUCCGGCCCAUGCCGGAGUAUCAGAAAUACGGCUCAGUGGUAUUCCCUAAUUUUGAGCAGGGAGUGGCCUGUCUCCGGGAGGUUGCCAGACAGAGAUGUGCACCCGCGUCAAUACGACUCAUGGAUAAUGAACAAUUUAAAUUUGGUCAUGCCCUGAAGCCUCAAGUAUCUUCAAUGUUCACAUCCUUUCUGGAGGGGCUGAAGAAAUUUUACAUCACCAAGUUCAAAGGGUUCGACCCCGACUGCUUGUGUGUGGCCACGCUGCUGUUUGAGGGGAACCGGGAGAAAGUCCUGCAGCACGAGAAGCAAGUUUAUGACAUCGCUGCAAAAUUUGGGGGGCUGGCAGCUGGCGAGGACAAUGGGCAGAGGGGCUACAUGUUGACCUUCGUCAUCGCUUACCUCCGGGACUUGGGGAUGGACUACUAUGUGAUUGGGGAGUCCUUUGAAACCUCAGUGCCUUGGGACAGGGUGUUGGACAUUUGCCGGAACGUUAAAGCGCGCAUCAUUCGAGAGUGUAAAGACAAAGGAGUGCAGUUUCAACCGUUCUCCACAUGCAGGGUGACUCAGACGUAUGACGCCGGGGCCUGUGUCUACUUUUACUUUGCCUUCAACUACAGGGGACUGAGUGAUCCAGUACACAUGUUUGAAGAAGUGGAGCAUGCAGCUAGAGAAGAGAUUCUUGCCAAUGGAGGGAGCUUGUCACAUCACCAUGGAGUGGGGAAACUUCGGAAGGCGUGGAUGAGAGAGACCGUCUCCGAUGUCGGCAUGGGGAUGCUGAAGUCUGUCAAGGACUACGUGGACCCCAAUAACAUCUUUGGCAACGGGAACCUCCUCUAAUUUCCCCGCUCACGUUUUUCUAAACAAAAGCAUCUUGUGCGUUUUGAAUUAAUAGAUACUAAAUGUGAAUUUAAAAUGGAGAGAUGUUGUCUUUUUCAUCGGUCAUAUCAUGCCAUCUAUUGAUUCAGCCGAACCUUGUCUUUUACAUUAACUUGCACUAAAUACACUGUUACGAUCACUGUCGCUGACGGUGCAGCUCAUCAUUCUAUCAGCCUCAUCUUGUUGGAGCUACGGCCAUGAUGCAACCGAACAUGAUGCAACAACAGACCUUGAUUUUUGUCAUUUUAUUGUGUUUAACCAUUUCCUAAAUAUCCUUGCCAACACGGUUGAUUCAUUUAUUUUUUUUACCUUCCAUUGUGCGUGUGUGUGUGUGUGUGCGCCUGUGUGUGUGUGCGCGUGUCCGUCCGUCCCCGUUUGGGCCAAUCCUCCAUUGGUAAGUUGUAAAUGAAUGUGCCUUUCUAAAGCUUAUGUCUGCCUUCCCCUUCUGCCACUAAACACUCUGCUGCUGCACAGCGAGUCCCCUUUUUGUGGAGCAACACAAACUUGGACAUAAUGUUUUCUAUGUCUUCAUCUUUUUCUUGCCCUCAUGCCUUUUGUUGUACUGACCUAUUGCCAUAAGAGACUCUUGACAGUUUGUGUGUGUGUGUGUGUGUGUGUGUGUGUGUGUGUGUGUACCUCCGUCUAGACUCAAGUCCCCCCCCCGAAACAUGUCAACAAGACCUUCUCCGCCCCCGUCCUAGAAGUACAUUGAUUACAAAGAGAGAUAUUCCUUGUGUUUAGUUUUUUCUACUGAAAGCGUUACUGUGCAUGGUUAGUUACUGAGAAAGUGAAGGGGGGGUUUCUGUCACGCCGGCUUCUAUGUCACCGCGCGUUGCAGUUCAAGGCCUCUGAAUACCGGUGCUCACGCUGUACCAAAGACCCAUAAGAACGUGCAAACACACCAUGUUUGACCAUGUGACCCUCGCACAUUUUCAGCAACUUCAUGCACAGCGAAAAAUAUAUUUUUUAGUCAACAUAUGCAAAGAUGACCCUUCAUAGAGCUGUAAACUCUCUAGAUGUGUCUUUUACAUGUGCUACAACUUUCUACGUCAUCAUUUUAUUUAAUUAUUUCUUGCAUUAAUUUGCUCAACGAUUCCUCCUAAAAAAAAAAUAGUUACCUGUUUGGUGUAAUAGAUUUUGAAACGGAUACUUUAAUGUACUACAAUUUGAUACCAGACUCGAACCUCUUGUCACUGAUAACCAUUGAUUCCGAAGCAAAGUGCAGCUGAGCGAGAGCUGUUUGCUGAGGAAUCUUGCCUUCUCUUUCCGACCUGUGCUGCUUAUUUUCCUGAAGGACUCAUUAGGGACCCGUCGUAUGACAUUUUAUCUCCGUGUCAAACACCGUGUAAGAGCUUUUGAAUGUUAUGGAUGUACCUUUCGUCAUUGUCCACUUCUCUUAACAACAUCGUAAAAUCACAGUACAUUUUGUCAAUGCUGUUUGUGCAAUAAAUUUAACUAGAACAUCA